AUGUUCGGUUACAUCCGAACUUAGCGCUUCCUGACUUGUUUAGUUUAUUAUGGUUAGAAACAAGAUUAUAAUAAAACUGCAUCAACACAAUAGACUUUUGUCCGCUACUGUAAGAGUAUGUAGAAAAUUGUUAUGUGUGGGAAGAUACCCACUGCAGCAUCUUAUCUCUUGGCAGUAAAUUCAUUGUGUUUUUAAUUAGAUUUUAAUAAACCGUAGCAUUUUAAAGAGGUAUCAAAUGAAAACUGUAUGGAAAAAAACAAGCAGUCACGCAUUCCAAUUCAAAACUUUAGGAAAAUGGGUGGCGAAAUAUAGAGGACAACAAAAUUGAAAAUAAAAUAUUCUUCGUUUUGCUACCAUUAAAUCCAUGUGGUGACUUUGAACUGCGUAAUUUCUCGAGGGUGUACAGUUUUGAUAUAUCAGCUCUUCAAUCAGCUGGAGCGACAUAAUUGUAAUUAUUUUCUUCAUGCUGGUUGCCAAUAAUUGGAGCCGCUUAUCAGCGUUGUGCCUUGCACGAAUGUCGGUGAGUACUUUUUUGGGGGCGUCAUGUCGGCUUUCAUGCGUUUCAUGUACAGCUAAGUGUGGCUUGUUUAUCGUUGACAAUGUGUACAAAAAUAUAAGCAUAUGUGCCUUUGUGAUAUUUAUAUUUAUAAAUCACACACUCACACACCCGCAAGCGAAUGUAUGUAAGCAACAGCGUUUGUUUGUCUGCUUGUAGGUCUGCAUUUACGUAGUUAGCAAAUUGUUUUUAACUAUAUUUUUUUUUCUCCCCAGCUUACACCUUCGCUGCGCCGCUGAGCUUUGUUGUUGGCCACCCCUUUCUCUUUUCUCACAACCGCUCUAAUGUGUGUAUUUUGCAUAUAACAAGAUCCAAGUGAAUACAGCGCUAUGCGUCUAAUGCUCACCCGAACAAAACUGGUAUACACCUCGGAGACGUACACACAUACAUACAUAGUCCAAGGUAUCUGUAUGUAUGUGCGCCACUUAACGCAAACGAAGUGAGAUCAGCUGAGCUGAGGUGCUGAGCGGAUCGCUGACUGCUCUGCAAACGCCUGCUCAGUUGUUAUUGCAGCCUUGCAAUUAUAUCAAGUGCCCAAGUCGUGUCUUGUACCCCGUGAACGCUUGCGUUGACAGAAUACUCUUAUCGCCAAAACCAAAUAAAAACAACUAAAAGCCACCACGGAAAAACGUAAUCAUCAUCUCUAAAUUAUCAGCAAAUAGCUGAGCUGCUCCCCAGCGCCGACGGUUGUGGUAAGCUCCAUAAAGCACAAGCUGUGGUGAGUACGGUAUAUAACGCGCUGGCUAAACCUGGUGCUGCUCGCCCGCAUUGAAGCUCAAUCGGUGAACGUCUUGUUUGGCCGUCGGUUCGUUCGUUCGUCACAUUCGCUCUUUUUCGUCUACUGCUGCUUCGCUUAUUUACACAAAGCCAUUCCAAACGAUCCCAUCUGCCGGCCCAACACUCAACCUGCAAUUCAGUAUUUGAUCAUAGUACUGCGAGUCUGGUUGCGAUUUUGCUCACACGUUGUCUUUGCGGUCGCUAUUUACUGUUACAGAGCUGUAGCAUCCUUCGUUAUCUGUGCUGACCUCCGUUUGGUCUGUACAGAGUCGUCUAUCGGCUAUUGAAAACUCGGAAACUCGGUUGUAGGCUAGCUUGGUUAGUCGUGAAGUAAAAAAGCGUAAUUACUUAAUACAACGCGACGCAGAAAUUCGUUAUAAAAAUCCGACUUUCAUGUUGCCCAAAAUCGGUCGCAAACCAAGAGUUGGGAAAGUUAAUUAUUAGUGAAAUCCCUGUAGCUUCGUGCAAAGCUUUGGAAAAUUCAUACGGGCAUAAUUAUAGCCAGCGAAAAGGUUUCACAGCAGUAAACCGCAUCUGUUGUUAUUUGACUUUUUAGAUUUUUCGCUUGGUGCAUUUGUCAUAUAAUUCAAUUCAAAACGGCGCAGAAAUUCAGUCCACUCAAGCGCAAAACCGUUGCAGAGCCGACACAUCAACUCCUCAGCAACAAUAGUCGCGCACCACUCAGCAACAUGUCGCAGUUGAUGUUUUGGAACAAACAGAACAACAACAAUAACAUAAAAAAUCAAUCAAACGAUAGCAAUAAAAGCGAUAAAAACGGUGCUACGGAGGAUGCGAAAAAGGACAAGCGCAAUUGGUUGCACACGCCCGAUGCGCUUGUGAAUGGCCACGUCGUCUAUCUAGUCAAGUUCUUUGGUAAUUUACCUGUGGAGCAGGCCAAAGGCAUUGAAGUGGUUAAAGAUGCCAUACGCAAGCUGCAGUUUGCCCAGGAGAUGAAAAAGGCCGAGACGGGUACACAGGAAAAGUGUAAAAAAGUCGAAAUCACCAUCAGCGUGGAUGGUGUCGCUGUACAAGAGCCACGUACACAGAAGAUCCUCCAUCAAUUCCCGCUUCACAACAUUUCGUAUUGUGCCGACGAGAAGGGUGUGAAGAAGUUCUUUAGUUUUAUUGCCAAAACAGUAAAGCCACUGGAUGGCAUCAAUGGCACCUCCACGGGUAGCAGCAAUGGCGUGAGUAGCUCCAACGGCAGUAACAGCACCGGUGGUAGUAAUACUGAGGAGACACAUGAGUGCUUCGUAUUCAUAUCUAAUAAAUUGGCGUCGGACAUUACACUGACUAUAGGGCAGGCGUUCGACUUGGCUUACAAAAAAUACAUCAACAGCGUUGAGAAGACAGACCUGGGUAAGGCGCAGCAGCAGAAUUCCGAGCUGGAAAAAGCGCUCGCCAUUUACAAGAGUCGACUGCGCGAGUUAUCAAUGAAACUGCCAAAAACCGAACUGGAUUCGAUGCUGUUCAAAAUGGGCAUCCAAGAUAUACUGGAUCUGCCGGCUGCUGAAAAUGGUGCGCUAACCAACGGCAACGCCACCAAAGCGAACAUGCUUGAAGAUAAACUGUUGAUUGACACCAAUUCAACGCAUUCGAUGAAGUCAUCGUCGGGUUCGUCAUCAUCCUUUGUGCCAAUUGUGCCGCCACGCAACAAUCUACCAAGCCAAAUCAUACACAAAUCGAAUAGCCAAAAAAUGGAGGAGCUGCUGCUCAACUCCGACUCGGAUAGUGACUUUGAUCCGCGCGCCGAUGAGUGCGUCGACGGUGGCAGCAGCAGCAGCAGCGGUGGCGGCAAGAACAUUAGCAACGAUCUGUUCGGAUUUGAGCCAGCCAAAUCGUAUGGCCAACAAUUGUUUACCAAUCAGAAUAACAAUAUCAACAACAACAACGAUAGUAAAUCAGUGAACAACAACCACAAUAGCAUUAAUUUAAGUUUGAGCAGCGCUAGUGUCGGCAACAACAGCAAUAGUUUAAGCAACAACAACUUUACAAGCGAUUUAACGCCGCCGUUACUGGCACCUCCGCCUAAAGUGGCCGCACCUAGACGCAGUACAUCGGUCACGAACAGCAUCACGAGCACAAACAACAAUAAUAACGUAGCCCUGACCAACGGCAAUACAGAUUUAUUCGGCUCGGAUCCAUUCGAAAUAAAUAAUGGACCCAGUAUUUUCAAGAGCAAGAUGAUGAGCGUAGAUGACUUCACGUUGGAGAGUUUGGAUCCACUGCGAAAGUAAGCCGGUCGCGCCACCCUGUGCGUCGUCGAAACCUCUUUAUAUUGAUUAUGUGAACUCUCCAAUAAAUGCUUCCAACUCUAAAUGAACCUUCAGAAUAACUAAUAUAAUCGUACAGCUGCAAGGCAUGCGAUCCAGGCAUUCAUUUGGAGGCAUAUCUAGUAUUUUCAGUGCCGAAGCGAUACAAAUGCAUAAAACUGUAAUAUGUUUGCAUCGAAUAUUUGUAUACCUUUACUUACACACAUACAUACAAGCAGAUAUAGAUUUUGUGUAUAUAUGAAUGCAUUAGAUAAAUAUUAAGUAAGAUUAACCCGCUUGUGAGAACACGGCCUUACAGUGAUACACGCACUUAGAGAGCAUAUACGAAGGCGGUACGAUCGGUCAUCAUAUGUGUAUAUAAUUAUUAUGUAGUUUCAGUCUGAAAUUUCAACUAAAUUCGUGUUUCCUUCAAAUAACUGUAUUAUCUCCUAUUUGCAAGUAUUUGUUUGUGUUUUCUCCUUUAUCUCUCUUUAAUUGAACCAUUUACCAAGGGCUUAAGUCCCACAACUUCUCUAUAAAGUGUAGUUUUUGCGCUCGUUAGUUUUCCGCUAAUAAUGACCCCAUAAAUAUGAUAAAUGAUGUGUAUAAAAUUAUUUUAUUUAUUACGUUUUCUAUGAAUAUAAAUAUUAUAUAGGUAUGUAUGUAUAUGUAUCGAAUCUAUUGAUUUAAUUAUUUCAUUUCAAUUAUUAUCAAAUUACGAUUAUUGAUUAUGAUGAUGAUGAAUUAUUUAAUUAUGAUACAGUUUAAUGAUGAUGAUUUGCUGUUAAAGAAAAAUUGAAGCUUUUGACCAUCCCGCCCCUCUUAAAAUCGUUGAUGUACAAUACUAAUAUUUGUUAGGAAUCUACCUCCCCUUAACCAAAACACUCUCCCACACACACACAUAUAUAUAUAAAGCAAAACAGUUAUAAUCAUUAUGUUAGCUAUGAUCACUAUUACGAAUAUUUUAAAAGUUUAUGUAAAAUAAUUUAAAAUAUGUGCUUUGUCCGUAUAUUAAAAAUGUUAAUAAUUGAAAUUGAACACAUACACACACACACACACACACAUGUCUAUCAUAAAUAAUGUUUAUACAAAAUGCUUUGUUAUAUAAUGAGUAUGAAAUUAGUUGAUUUCGAUGAUUGAUAAUGAUUAUGUUUAUGGUAAUGAUAUUGAUGUAGAUGGUGAUUAUUAUUAUUAUUAUUAUUAUUAUUACUAUUAUUAUUUUGUACGUUGUACGUUAUUUACUAGUGAAGUAUAUAAAUAAAGAAAUAAAAAACAAUAAAUGUGGAAA